GGCGCCUCUAUCGCACGCCAGCCGCCGGGGAGCAAGAGGGGGCGCCGGCCGGCUGCCGCCGCGUCUGACAGACCCACCGGUCGAGGCUCCGCGCACAUCAGCAGCACGCGGCCGCCAUGGCGGCGCGGAGGAGCCCCCAGCAGGAGCGGGAGCGGCAACGACCUCGCGACCCCGCCGCAGGAAAUGACCAAGUGCACUCCUGGACACUCGUCACCAGCCAAGCCUUGGAUACCGCGUGGAGAGUCGCAAAGGGGUCAGUGACGCUGGCAGUUUCAUUUCUGGUGGGCACCCUCUGGUACUUCAGAAGGCUACAUUUAUAUUUAGGGCACCGGCUGAAAAGGUGGAUUGGAUAUCUGCAGAGGAGAUUCAAAAGGAACCUCAGUGUGGAGGCAGAAGUUGAUUUACUCAGUUAUUGUGCAAGAGAAUGGAAAGGAGAGACACCCCAGGCCAAGCUGAUGAGGAAGGCUUACGAGGAGCUGUUCUGGCGGCGGCAUAUUAAAUGUGUUCGACAAGUAAGAAGAGACAACUAUGAUGCGCUAAGGUCGGUGCUCUUCCAAGUCUUCAGCCAGGGCCUCUCUUUCCCAUCCUGGAUGAAAGAAAAAGAUAUCGCGAAGCUUCCUGAAAAACUGCUCUUUUCACAAGGUUGUAAUUGGAUCCAGCAAUACAGUUUUGGUCCUGAGAAGUAUACAGGUUCGAAUGUGUUUGGCAAAUUACGUAAAUGUGUGGAAUCAUUGAAAGCACAGUGGGCUGAAUUUAGUGGAAUUAAAGAUUAUCACAAGAGAGGAAGUAUGUGCAACGUCCUUUUUUCUGACGCUAUCCUGGAAUAUAAACUUUACGAAGCUCUGAAGUUCAUCAUGCUCUAUCAAGUCACUGAGGCUUAUGAACAGAUGAAGACCAAAAAGGUCAUUCCCAGUCUUUUUCGACUCCUGUUUACCCGGGAAACCUCUUCCGACCCUUUAAGCUUCAUGAUGAAUCACCUGAAUUCUGUAGGUGACACGUGUGGACUAGAGCAGAUUGAUAUGUUUGUACUUGGAUACUCCCUGGAAGUAAAGAUAAAAGUGUUCAGACUGUUCAGGUUUAACUCCAGAGACUUUGAAGUCUGCUACCCAGAGGAGUCGCUCAGGGAGUGGCCGGAGGUCUCCCUGCUGACCGAGAAUGACCGCCACUAUCACAUUCCUGUCUUUUAAGUCAGCCUGGACCAGGCACCAGCUCUCGCCGGUGACAGUGGUCACACUUGCAAGUAAUGUUUCUAGAAAAGCAAAGCUAGUAUUGCUGCCAUUGGAGGAAUCAGGGCCUCCCUCUCCAGGAUGACAGGUACACUGGACGGAGACCCACGUGCCUUCCCUUUGUUUCCAGUGAUUUCCUCCAGAGCCCCUGCACUGAUGUAUUUGUGGGUUGGUGGUUUGACCUUGUCUGUAAAGGCUCUGGUCAUUUCACACACAACAGAGCACAAUGAUAUUUAGUUUGGGAAGAACAACAACAGGAAGAAACCGAGAAGAAAAUAAGUAGGGGAAAAGGACUAAAGGGAAAGAAUUUUUUGUCUAUAAUCUUUAUGUUCUUUGUUAAGAAUCUUGUCUUUGACUGAUUUUGGAUCUUCAUAAACAUGGCCUUAUUUUAUAAGCAUUACCUUCCCAGGAAUUUCUAUGGUAUAUUGAUUUUCCAGAACCAUUCGAUUAACUUUAAAAUUGUGUGUGUGUGUGUAUUUACACUCACACACAAACAUGUAUAAUUUUAUCUAUACAUAUCUAAACACAUACGUACACAUAGCCACUACUUUGUAAAAUUUGUUUUAUAUCUUUUU